CGCCGGGAUCGGACCGGAGCCGGAGCCCGAGCUGCAGCCCGGAGCCCGGAGCCCGGGCACCAUGAAGUGAGCUCCUGAGCGUACUCCACAGUUUCAUCAUGGAAGACUCAGGAAGAAAUAGUUUCAGCUCUGUGGAGGAAGAAACAAGUUAUUGGAAAGACCUGGCUAUGAAGUAUAAGCAACGGGCAGAGAAUUCAGAGGAGGAACUGCGUGAAUUUCAAGAAGGAAGCAGAGAAUACGAAGCGGAACUAGAAGCGCAGUUGCAACAAAUGGAAACCAGGAACCGGGACCUAUUGUCAGAAAAUAAUCGCCUCCGCAUGGAACUUGAAACAAUUAAGGAAAAGUUUGAAACGCAGCAUUCGGAAGGUUACCGGCAGAUCUCCUCAUUAGAAGAUGACCUGGCGCAGACUAAAGCAAUUAAAGAUCAACUGCAGAAAUACAUCCGAGAGUUGGAGCAAGCUAAUGAUGACUUGGAAAGAGCAAAGCGGGCCACGAUCAUGUCUUUGGAAGAUUUUGAACAGCGGUUGAAUCAGGCCAUUGAGCGAAAUGCCUUUCUGGAGAGUGAACUGGAUGAGAAGGAGAAUCUCCUGGAGUCCGUUCAGCGAUUGAAGGAUGAAGCCAGAGACUUACGACAGGAGCUGGCAGUGCAGCAGAAGCAAGAGAAACCCCGAACCCCCGUACACACCUCGCAGGCAGCCGAGAGAACGGACACAGCCGUGCAGGCCACCGUGUCCGUGUCUUCAACGCCCGUGGGAAAUCGGGGACCUGGUGCCGGUAUAACAACACCUGCGCCCCUAAGGAGAGGUUUGGAUGAGUCCUGCAGUGGGACUCCUCUCACACCGGCAGCCAGAAUAUCCGCCCUCAACAUUGUCGGAGAUUUGCUCCGGAAGGUGGGGGCCUUGGAGUCUAAACUCGCAUCUUGCCGAAACUUUGUGUACGACCAGUCUCCGAACAGGAUAAAUGCCUCAUUCUCGGGGCGAGGGAGCAAGAUCAGAGACAGCGGCGACAAGAGGCCAGCCAGCACCAGCGUGCCUUCGGGAGAUAAAGGGUUGGGCAAACGGCUGGAGUUCACACAGAUGCCUUCGAAUGGCCCCCCACAGUCACUGCCGUCGCCUCAGGGGGUGGUUAAGAUGUUGCUCUGAAAGGAUCCCGGGAGCGGAAGGCCCGGAUGUCCGUCCAGUCCCAUCACCUUAUUUUUAAUUGUUGAAAGAAGGCGGCGAUUUACAGUUUGAGCAAAAUAACCCAAGCAGCCCCGGUAGCCUAGCGUUCUGGGAGCCGAGAGGAGCCGGCGGAGACGGCUUGGGGUCGAGAGCUUCCACCCUCAAAUUCAGUUUGGUGUGCCGGAUUCUAUGCUGGUCUGCUGCUUCAGGCGAUACCAGUAAGAACUUUUCGUCCUUCACUCCGUGUGAAAAAGACUCCCGAAUUGGACCGUGACCAAGGCCGUGUUGGAUGCUCAAGUAUCCCGGCGGUCCUGGCGGCCCCAAGAGCCUCAUCCUGAUCUAACCCUGCUCGGUUGCUAGGUCCCGCUAGCGGCGAUGUUUUUCUCCAGAGCUUCGAAGGGACGGGUGAGCUCGCUUUCCUCUCUGCUCCUUCAAGAAGAAGCUCUCCCUGGGUCGAGGUAGCUACCCGGCCACCUUCCCCCAGAGUCGAUCUCUCAGUCCGUCCGCUAUCGAGGUUGUGACUCUUCUGUCCCGACGCUUCUCGUUUUUAGCUCCUGGGUAAAAUUGUCUUUCGACUACGGUCAGCCGAAGUCUCUUCGGUUCGGCUUAAGUGAAUCCCCAGCCUCCCCUGCCUCCCCCUUGGGACCAUUUCAGCCUUGAGCUUUGUGACGUACCAUUAGGCUAGAAAACUGGGUAUGCCAGCCUGCUUUUCUUUUUUUUGUUGCUUUUUUUGUUUCAGGGAGGGUUUUAUUUAAUGGGGGCCGGCUAUAAACUGGCCCAGCCUUUGAAAAGGGAAGACUUCUUUUUGGAAGCCAUCCUAGCUGGCAUGGAGAGAGAGGCCUCACGCCACCAAUUCCUUCCUAGACCUCUGGUGACAUUCACAGCGGCCAAUCCGUCGCUCUCCCCGUCUUCAGAUCGGAUGGGGGAAAGAGCACCAGCUUCGGGAGCGUCUUCUUAGCUUGAUGCAUCGAGAGUUCUGGCUGACAGCCUUCCUUUUGUUAUUGGACUUUUAGUGGGAAAAGGGGCAGAGAGGCCCAAUCUUUCCUUUGAGUUGGGUUUAUGGUCCUUUUUGCUACUGAAAUUUUUAAGGGAAAGAAUGACCACUGAUGAUGUUUUCUAACCUAAGGAAUAUUCUUAACCUGUAUCAGAAAGUACUUUAUUUUUCUAAAAAAAAAUUUUUUAUUCGAGAAAGUAAUACUACAGCUCGUCUCUAAGUAGUGCUGUUUUAAAUGCCAUUAUAGGCAUCAUACUUUACAAAUGUCACAUGUGAUCUAAAGUUUGGUUUUUUUUUGUCCUUUUUUUUAUCAAGCGACUAAGUAGGAAAUUUCUGCCGCCUUAUUUUUUAAAGAAAGCGUUAUUUCCUCACAGGUAACCUUUUUAAAAACGAGGUAUUUGAUUGGUGGGGGCACUGAUAAGGGGGUUCACGUUAUAUCAUUUUAUCUGGGACAUUUAGUUUUUAUUCUCGGGAGUAACCAUUGUCUCUAAUUCCCCUCUCUUGAAUCUACCGUAUCUGGCUGAGUCCGUAUACCGAAUAAAGAUGGAUCUGAAUGGAA